AUGACAGUGACCAGCAUGUUCAAGAAGCUCAAGGCCAAGACGGGCACGUCGCCCACCAACACCACCUCGGCGCUGUCGGGGAUGCAGUUCCGCGGGGCAUCCAGCGGUGGUGCAGCCGCCAAACCCGGCACGACUGCACGUCCGUCGUGGAACACGAGCCUCAACCCGGACCCCAAGUCGUCGGGUGCGACACCAUUCCCUGCACGCGACGGUAUCGCUUUCCUCGACGCACGUGUAGUCCUGGCUCCACCAAAGGAGCUCGGCUACCUCCUCGUCGCGCUUGGAAAGGCCAAGAUCCGCCCCGUCCUCGUUCCAGCCGUCAUGAAGGUCGCUGGCGGCAUCCUCAAGGGCCGUGGUGGCACCGGUGUGCUGGGCGACCGCCAGCUGCUCGAGGCUCACUUCAAGGCCGCGCUCGAGGCCGUCAAGGCCCCCGAUGACAUCAUUGCAGACCUCAACCCCGUGCUCAGCAUGUCGUGGCUCGAAGAGAACAAGUAUGCGCUGCCCGACGACGUCGAGUCGGGCAUGUGGCUUGCGCUCGUCAACGGCGUCGACGAAAAGCCAAACGAGCAGCCCGCGGCCAUUGUCCGCCAGUCCAGCGCCCUCGGCAAGGCGGCGCCCAAGCAGGCGCCCGAGGUCCUCAAGCAGGCGUCUGACCGCCUCAGUAUCACGGGAGAGGUUGUGACCGUGUGCCGCAACACACUCGGCCCGCACCUCCUCCUCACCGGAGACCGCGUGCUUGAAAAGUCGGCUGUCGAGGACCUCGGAGGUCCCGACCUCGGCGCCAUUACCUUUGAAAUGAGCAGCGCGUCGUCAAACCUCCCCUUCAAGUCGGCAGCCGACGCCGACGCCCUCAUCCGGAAGCUCCUCGAGCAGGUCAAGGCUGCCGUAGCGGCUGCCCAGGCGUCGCCGCAGAGCGAAAAGGUGUCCACGUCGUUUGGCGGUGUCCAGUGGGGCGGCGGUGCCGCCGUUCCGUCUGGUCCUAGGGACGACGAGCUGGGUCCCAUGGGCGAGGAGCUGUGA